GCGCGUUAUUCCGAGAAUUUCGAAGCAUUCAAAUCCCUCUGUUUCUCUCUCUCUCUCUCUCUCUUUCUCAUCCACCUCAAGAACGAAGAAACCCCCAGAUUCCAGAUUGAGGUUCCCCUCUUUUCUUAAUCCAAAUAACGAACCUCCUACACCUGAAAAAUGAUGGAAACCCGGCAAACUUUAAUUCAUUAGGUAAAAAAACGGCAGCUACCCUUCAAUUUCGUUGAGAAUCAUCGCUAGUUAAACUAUUACGUCCAUGGAAAAAGAUUUAAAAUUUUCAGGGAGUGGAGGAUUUCUGUUCAUAGCCCUAUUGGAUUAAGUUUUGGCUUUCUUUGGCUGGAUUAUAAUUUAUAAUUCCCUUGAAGUAAGAUAAUAAUGUCAAUACACAGCUAAGAAAUCAUCAUAAUUCAUCACUACAUUCUAAUUUGAGACAAUGAAAAGUGAUGUUUCACGAACUUCAGGAGAACAAAUUCUAGAGAAUAUUACAAGGGAUGAAAUUGAUGUAGACUAUUAUAUACGUAAUGUAUCUGUACAAACAGGUGAAGAGUUUUCACCAUAUUUUCUUCAAAACCUCACUCAUAGAAGAAGAAUGAACAAUGGUGAAUCAUCUUCCCAAGAGUAUCAUCGACAAGAUAGUAUUACAUUAGGAAGAACUCAAGAUUGUUCUCAAGGAUUCCAUGGCACAAUUACUAGAAUACCCUCAGGAAAUGUAAUAGAUCAAAAGAGAGUUGGAGUUGGAGUUGGAGUUGGAAUCCAAUUCAAUCAAAAUGAAAGAUAUGAGUAUCAAAUGGAUGAUUCAACAGGAGGAUACUAUCAUAAAGAUUAUGACAUUAGAGGAUACAAUCAACACCCACAACAACAAUCAUCAACUUAUACGAAUGAAAUCCAAAUUCAUAAAGAGAAAAUGAAAUUUCUAUGCAGUUUUGGUGGAAGAAUAUUGACAAGAGCAAAUGAUGGGAAGCUUAGGUAUGUAGGAGGGGAGACACGAAUUAUAUCUAUUAAAAAAAAUCUUAAUUAUCAAGAACUCGUGAAGAAAACCUACACCAUUUGCAAGCAUCCACAUGUGAUAAAAUAUCAGCUUCCUGGUGAAGAUCUUGAUGCACUUAUAUCCGUUUGUUCUGAUGAGGAUUUUCAUCAUAUGAUAGAUGAAUAUCAUGAGCUGGAAAAAGGGUCUAAAAGACUUCGAAUAUUUCUUGAAUCUUUAAACUCUGAGAGUCAAUAUUCUUCUGAGAACUCGUAUAAAUAUGUGGCUUCUAUGAAUGAUGUUACAAUUCCAAGUCCUUUAAAGAGUUCAAUAGAUUCCAUCACAAGUCUUGAAAAUGAGACUCCAAGUUCUUCAAAUGUGGCAAAAAUGCUUCUAAAUCCAACUCAACUUAUGAAAUCUCCUUCGUUUCAAUAUAGAGAUCCAAUAAAUUCUCAAUUGAAAGUCAAUAGAGAUCAAAUCGAACAACCAUUAAAUGAAAACAACCCUUUUCUUAUCCAUGAAUCUUCAAUCCAAUCUGAAAUUUUUUUUCAAUGUCAUCAACAAAGCCAUAAUGUGAGAAAUAAUUCGUCUUCAUUACUUAACAAACUUGAAGAUUUUGCUUCAUUUGUGCAACAAGAGGAUAUGAUAAAGGAGAAAACACAAAUAUAUAAAUGUGAGAAUCAAGAAACAAUCAAGUGGAUGGAGAAGAACAACUUAAACUUAGGAUAUGAUAUUGAAGAACAUCAUCACAAUUUAUCACCAGCUACUCCUUUAGAAAGACAACUUUCUAUGGCUACAACAGUCAGUAGUGAUGGAUUGCAACAUAAUACUGAAAACCCUCGAAUUGGUCACUUGGAAUUUAACGAAAAUGACCAUUUUACCCAUGAUUUUAUAGUUCCAAAUUCAACCGGUUUUGCUUCCAUUAGUAGUGAUGUUUCUCUUGGUGAGAGCUUUGUAGAUAAUUUAGGUAACAGUAGUCGAUCACAAACCUCAGAAGACAUAAUUGAUAGUCUUCCACUUGACAUAAUUUUAUCAACAAAAGAGUUGUUGUGUAUGCAAGAUAUUCACAAAGAAAAUGAGAGUGUUUCUCAAUUUGAAAAAAAGAAUGUUAAAGAUGAUAAGAGAAUGACAGAUGGAUCCAUUAGUGAUGCAACAAUUGCUGAAAUUCAAGCAGGAAUACACGGUUUACAAACUAUAAAAAAUGGUGAUCUUGAAGAACUAAGUGAAUUAGGACGUGGCACUUUUGGAACUGUUUAUCAUGGGAAGUGGAGAGGAACAGACGUUGCUAUCAAGAGAAUUAAAGAAAGUUGUUUCUCAGGCAAACCAUCUGAGCGAGAUCGAUUGACAAAAGAUUUCUGGAGAGAAGCUCAGAUUUUGUCACAAUUACAUCAUCCAAAUGUGGUGGCAUUAUAUGGCGUUGUACGUGAUGGACCGGGGGGGACAUUAUCUACUGUUACUGAGUAUAUGGCUAAUGGCUCAUUAAGGCAUGUUCUUUCAAAAAGAAAUAGGGCACUUGACUAUCGGAAAAGACUUAUAAUUGCACAAGAUGCUGCAAUUGGCAUGGAGUAUUUGCAUUUGAAAAACAUUGUUCAUUUUGAUUUGAAAUGUGAUAACUUGCUUGUUAAUUUGGGAGAUCCUGAACGACCCAUAUGCAAGGUUGGUGACUUUGGUUUAUCAAGAAUGAAACGUAAAUCACUUGUUUCGGGUGGUGCACGAGGAACACUUCCAUGGAUUGCCCCGGAGCUUCUAGAUGGUAGCAGCACUCGGGUUUCUGAGAAAGUGGAUGUAUUCUCAUUUGGUAUUGCAAUGUGGGAGAUAUUGACCGGAGAGGAGCCUUAUGCAGAUAUGCAUUGUGGUGCCAUCAUAGGUGGGAUCGUUACAAAUACCCUUCGACCUCCAAUCCCAAGACAUUGUGAUCAUGGAUGGAGGGUAUUAAUGGAAAAGUGUUGGUCAAAUGAUCCGACAGACAGACCAUCCUUUACUCAAAUAGCAAACCAUCUUCAAGCCAUGUCCCAUGCAUUCCAAUCAAAAACACAAAAACGAGCAACAAGAAAUUGAACACCACCACUUUAUAGAUUGAAACGACAUAUUGAACUUAAAACAAAAAAGUAAAAAAAUAAAAAAGAACAAUCGUAAAUUUGGUUGUCAAUGAAGUAUACUUCCUUAUGUAGCAUUUUUGUAUGAUACUUAAAUUGAUGAUAAUAAUUUAAUCAUACAUUCAAAGAAAGAUCAUCAAGGUGUCGGAGUUUUAAGGGAAAAUUGUGCGGAAUAGUAAUUUAAUUUACUCUUGCUAUUGGGCAAUGUACUUUAUUUAUUAUAUAUUGCUCUUAUAAACAUGUAACUACAUUGAAACAUUUUGCUACCAAUAUGAGCAUUGUAUUUUAUUUAUUAUAUGUAAAGGGAAUGUAAGCAUG